AUGGUCGUUAGUGAGGAAUGGAUGUCAUAUAAAGAAGAUGAUGUAGGAAAAACUCAAACUGUGAGGGAUUAUGUUUUGAAUGAUUUGUGGUGGGACAAGGUUGCAUAUAUUCUGAGAUUCACAGAACCUAUUUAUGAGAUGCUUCAAGUGGCUGACACGGAUGCACCUAUUCUCCAUAAGGUGUAUGAAACGUGGGAUUCCAUGAUAGAAAAUGUGAAUAAAGAAAUAUACCGGCAUGAAGGCAAGGAAGACUAUGAGGAGUAUUGUACUAGUCAAUGGAUUGAGGAAGUCAGAGGUCGUGUUGCGCCAUAUAAGGAUGCUGAAAUUUCAAUGGAGAGAAACAAGUGCCUUAAAAGGAUCUUUCCUGAUCUUGAUGAUUGGCAGAAUGCUAUUAUGGAGUUUGGUUUGUUUUCAGCAUUUAAGACUUAUGAUGAGGAUAACAUGGAGGAUAGGUGGAAAUUCGAUCUAAUGCUUUGGUGGUCAACUUAUGGGUCUAGUUUACCACUGCUUCAAACUUUAGCUCUAAAGCUUCUUGAACAGCCUUACUCAUCAUCAUAUGCUGAGAGGAAUUGGAGUACAUAUGGCUUCAUCCAUUGUAUGAGGAGGAAUAGAAUUACUCCUAAACGUUCUGAAGAUUUAGUGUUUGUUCAUUUUAAUCAUCGACUUCUUUCAAGGAGGAGGCUCGAGUACACUAUAGGAGAAUCUAAGAAGUGGGACAUUGGUGGAGAUAAUUGGGAUGAACCAUUUGGAGGACCUGGGUUGUUUGAGAUUGCUUAUCUCACACUAGAUGAGCCAGAGAUGAAGACAAGUAUUGUUGAGAAUAAUGACUAUGUUGAUGACGAUGAUGUUGUUGUUCUGUGA